AUGGAGAGGUUAGAGUUGAAAGAGGUUCAGAAACUCGAAGGUCACACCGAUAGGGUUUGGAGCUUGGAUUGGAAUCCGGCCACUGGUCAUGCCGGUGUUCCGCUCGUUUUCGCUUCUUGCAGCGGCGAUAAAACCGGUAACGAGCCAGUUGUAAUAGCACGCGGAGGAUUCACGGGUCUAUUCCCAGAAGGAAGUAGAGAAGCAAUCGGCAUGUCGAAGGAGAUAAGCAUUUUUCUUUGUAAUGUUCAGUUUACAAAAGAUGCUGGUGCCUUUUGUGUGACAGGAGUUAAACUUGACAAUGCAACAACUAUAGCAACGUUUGAUCCAAAUGAGAAAACCUACAACAUUAAUGGAAAGGAUGUGCAAGGACACUUCAUGGUGGAUUACACUGCUGCUCAGAUUGACCACAAUGUGUCGAAUAAAUAUAGAGGAAAACAUGACAGCAACAUCAUAGUUGCACAAAAGUACUACAUAUCUAUCAGUGGCUAUAAUGUCAGUUCAUUGGUUGAUGGCAUGUGCAACAUAGCAUGUGUUACAGUUGCCCUUAAAGAAUGUUUGUUUCUUUCAUAUCAGAAUAUGCAGAAUAUUAUUCUAUUGUUUUCUAUUGCUGUUCAGCAUCUGAUUGCAGAAGUCAGUGAAAUUAUGACUAAUGAUACUGUAGAUAAGGCUGGUUUGUGGAAAAACAAACUCAUUGAUCAGUCAUUGGAGCUUUUAGAUUAUUUACCUCAAGCAAUUCAAGACAUUUGCUUCUUGAAAGAGAUCCACAUGGAAAUGUUCAAGUACCUAAAGUUGCAUAUCAUUAUAUUUUGUGUUCAUUUGUCUUCUUUAUCCAAUUUUGAAUCAGUUGCAGACUGUGAUACCAGAGAUUUUACUGAUAAAAAAAGGGAGGACAUGUUGGUUUCCGAUUUCGUUCGACUUUGCUUUAAAUAUGAAGGUUCUGCAGUUCAGUGCAGUAAUCAAAUUGGUGUAAGUAAUGGUGACUCUGCAUCUGUACCGUAUUUGAAGGAUUGGCAUUUUGUGAAGGAGUAUCCUGAUUACGUACCAUACAUCACUCCGAUGUUCUUUUGUGAUGAUUGGCUCAACUUGUAUCUCGAUAACUUUAGAACGAAUACUUAUUCCGACAGAGACCAGCAAAAUAAGGAAAUAUGUUGCUCUGACUAUCGUUUUGUUUACAUGGGAGUAAAAGGAUCUUGGACUCCUCUACAUGCUGAUGUUUUCAGGUCGUAUAGCUGGUCAGCAAAUGUCUGUGGAAAGAAGAGAUGGUUUUUUCUAGAUCCUUCCCAGUGCCAUCUUGUGUUUGACAGGAACAUGAAAAGCUGUGUAUAUAAUAUCUUUGAUGAAGUAUCUGACUCAAAGUAUCCUAGUUUUAAAAAGGCUAUCUGGUUAGAAUGCACACAAGAAGCAGGUGAAAUCAUAUUUGUUCCUAGCGGAUGGUUGGAUUUGGGAAAUGGGAAAACUCUUGAUCUUGAACGGUGUUCCCGAUCGAAGCUUCGAAAACAAUGCAUAAAGUAUCUUGGACCUCAAGAGAGGGAGAACUAUGAAUAUGUUGUCUGCGAUGGAAAAAUUAUCAACAACCAAUCUGGAGAUUUUCUUCAUACCAAAAAGGAUUCUGAAGAUGCUAAGUGGAUAUUUGUAAUGAGCACCGAGAAGAAACUUUAUGCUGGAAAGAAAAAGAAGGGGUUGUUCCAUCAUUCUUCUUUUUUGGCUGGUGGAGCUACCUUGGCUGCUGGACGGCUCGAAGCCGAGGAUGGGGUUCUGAAGUCCAUCUCUGCAUAUAGUGGACACUAUCGGCCAACAGACGAAACACUCGACGCGUUCUUAUCAUAUCUCAGGGAAAAUGGUGUCAAUCUUGUUACCUUUCAUGAAUUUUGUGUAGGUAUGCGUAGCUUGGACCAAAUGGUAGUCAAGGAAGGAUCAUGGUCCUAG